AAAUUGCACGUCCGGUUGUAUCCCAUCAUCCUCUGUGCGAAAAGCACAGGCUACUUGAAGCGUGAAACUGGACUACCUCGAUUCGAGUCAUAUUUCAACGGAGAACAAGAUUGAAAUGACAGAAAGUUCAGUAUCGUCUGAUGAUCCAUGGAUCAAACAGGCUGAUGGCGUGUUCAGCGACAGCAGCUUCGACCAGAAUUUCUUGGCUGAGAACACUGGGAAAGGGUUGGGAAGUUCUAGAGCCAAUAGCAUUGGGUCUACAAGUGCCUCAUCAGUACCAAAUACAGACGAUGAAGAUAGUGACUACAGACAGGAGACAUCGUACAAGGAGUCCUACAAAGACCGGCGGAGGAAGGCACACACACAGGCAGAGCAGAAACGAAGGGAUGCCAUCAAGAAAGGCUACGAUGACUUGCAGUCAAUUGUCCCCACAUGCCAACAACAGUCUGAGUUCGCUGUGGGGUCACAGAAAAUCAGCAAGGCCACUGUCCUACAGAAAACUAUUGACUACAUCCAGUUUCUACACAAGGAGAAGAAAAAACAGGAAGAGGAAGUAUCCAUGUUGCGGAAGGAGGUGAUGGCAUUGAAAAUCAUGAAAAUAAACUAUGAACACAUUGUCAAGGCACAUCAAGACAAUCCACAACAGGGUGAGGAUAAUGUGUCGGACCAGGUGAAGUUCCGUGUUUUCCAAAACAUCAUGGACUCCCUGUUCCAAUCCUUCAGUGCCUCUAUCUCAGUGUCUAGCUUCCGGGAACUCUCUGCCUGCAUCUUCAGCUGGCUCGAGGAGCACUGCAAGCCCCAGACGCUGCGAGAGUUUGUGGUGGGAGUGCUUCGACAGUUGAAUGGCCAGCUCUACUGACUACUGUGGCAAGGGGCCUCUAGACUAAACUUAAGUGUAAAGGCUGAGCUGUGGUCUACCUUGGGCACUCAUGGUGCAAAUGUCUCCAGACUUUGGCCUGCACCACAGAAACAGUGUCUUGUAUCAUAUGUAUUUUCAGAAAACCUGGGUCAAAUACUUGAUAUAUUGAAUAUUUGAAAUACGUUUACCAUUUUCCCAAUAAUAUCCGCAAGAAACUUAUUCUUUAGUUUGCAACAUGUCAUAUUUUACAACUCAGGAAUCUGCAGGUAUGUUUGGAGAAAUUUUAAGAAUUUCAAAUGCAUCUUUACCCAGAUCUGAUAUUCAGUAUGUGAAGCCUUUAUCAGCAAGCUGCUUAUCUUCUGCCCCUAGUUCCAUACUACAUACUGAUUUUUGUCCAGACACUCAUCGUUUAAUCAGUUGUUGGACAGCUUUUAUCUCCAAAUUAUAUUGAAUAAAGGUCCCAUAUUGUACA